AUGCUUUGCCUGACCAUUAAUCUUCAAGAACGACAACCUCCAGGGAAAGGCACCAUGAAAAUCGUCUCGCGACUGAUCAUGGCUUUUGCAGCUCUAUGGCUAGUAUAUUUGUGCUCUUCCAGUAGGAUCACUAGCCGAAAUGCGAGCUUGUUUAAGGCUCAAUUUGGUAAUCUUCAAAUGAGCUCGUUCAAUUUAGUUAUUGCCCAUCCUGACGAUGAAGUCAUGUUUUUCGCACCAACGCUACUUCAAAUCGAUAGAUACUUGGAUCAAGACAUUCAAUUACGAGUGAUAUGUUUAACAAGUGGGAAUGCUGAGGGAUUAGGGCCUGUCCGCUCUGCUGAGCUGAAGAGAUCGGUUCAUAUCCUGCUUCCAGAUCGCUCAGUUCACGUGACCGUAGCCGACUUGGAAGACAGCAUGCAAGUCAAUUGGGAUAUUGAAGAUGCUUCCCAGAUUAUAGCUAAUCAAAUCACCGAUAACGCUCCUGUUAUUGUCACCUUUGAUUCUAUUGGUGUAUCGGGCCAUGUGAAUCAUAUCUCGUGUUUUGACGCUGUCAACCGGUUUGCAAAAACUCAUAAACCUGUUGCCACUUAUGCAUUAAAAAGUCAGAAGUCUCGCUUGCUAAAAUUUACUGGUCUAGUAAGACCAAUUUUGUCUGCUUGGCUGCGUAGAGAAAACCAAGAGUAUUUUAGCACUUAUCCACAAUACAUCCACUCUUUGGCCGCCAUGAUAAGCGGCCACGAGUCGCAGAUGGCAUGGUUUAGGUACGGAUGGUGGAUUUUAAGCCAAUUCGUGUUUUCGAAUCAAGUAGUUCCCAGCGUGGCUAAAGUCAUUAAUGUUGUUGACUGA